AUGCCUCAUCUUGCCCACAUCUCUCUAGUCGUUCGCGACUAUGACGAGGCUCUCGAGUUCUUCGUGACUAAGCUCGGCUUUACCCUCGUCGAGGACAAGCAAGAGCCAAACAAGCGCUGGGUCACCAUCCGCCCUCCUGGUGCGCCGCCGGAAGCAACGACCAUAUUGCUCGCCCGCGCUUCGAAUCCAGAGCAGUCAGCCGUUGUGGGGGAUCAGACAGGCGGACGGGUGUUUUUAUUCCUCGAAACGGAUAAUUUUCAGAGGGACUAUGAUCGAUUUACCAUGAAUGGGGUAGAAUGGGUGAGGCCGCCGACCAAAAUGGACUAUGGGAUUGUUGCCGUGUUCAAGGAUCUGUACGGCAAUCAAUGGGAUUUGAUUGAGAGAACACCUGCGUCUUGA